GUCGUCAUCGUCAGUCGUGACGUUAUUUGGCCUUGUCCCGGAAGUGGAGAAACAUCAACAACCCUACCAAGGCGAGGCGUUGAGCUGCGACGUAGCAAAAGUCUCACCGACGGAAUUAUUAGUUUGUUUUUUAUUUAUAAGUUAUUUAGCGUUUAGCAUCGCAACCAAUGGCGUUGUUCGGCAAGCUAUUCGGAGGAAACAAAGGGGGCAAGGGGCCGAGCCCGCAGGAGGCCAUCCAGAAACUCCGCGAGACAGAGGAAAUGCUCACCAAAAAGCAGGAAUUUUUGGAGAAAAAGAUCGAGCAGGAGUUACAAAUUGCCAAGAAGAACGGCGUGAAAAACAAAAGAGCGGCUCUGCAGGCUUUGAAGCGAAAGAAGCGCUACGAAAAGCAGCUGGAGCAGAUUGACGGAACGUUGUCCACCAUUGAGUUCCAGAGAGAGGCUCUGGAGAAUGCCAACACCAACACUGAAGUGCUGAAGAACAUGGGCUAUGCUGCCAAGGCCAUGAAGUCUGCCCAUGCUGACAUGGACAUUGACAAGGUGGAUGACUUGAUGCAGGAUAUAAACGAGCAGCAGGAGUUGGCCCAGGAAAUCUCAGACGCCAUCUCCAAACCCGUUUGCUUCGGGGAGGACUACGAUGAGGAUGAGCUUCUUGCUGAGCUGGAUGAGCUGGAACAAGAAGAGCUGGAUAAAAACCUGCUGGACAUCGGGCCAGAGAACGUCCCCCUCCCCAACGUGCCUUCAACUUCAUUACCUUCCAGACCUGCAAAGAAAGUGGAGGACGAGGACGACAUGGACGACCUGCAGCGCUGGGCAGAAGCCAUGUAAACAUGUCACGCUCUGUCGUCGCUGCCAUCGCCGCCGCAUCUUACUCUUACCUGUAUCAGAAGCUGGAGGGCCUGAACGGACUGAUAACGUUGCUGUUUGUGUGUGUGUGUGUGUGUGUGUGUGUGUGUGUGUGUGUGCCAUGUGUCUCUGAGGGGAGCACCUGGACUUAAUAUAACACUCCAAAACAAUAGGUAAUGCUGUCGUCCAGGGUUGUCCAAAGUCAGGCCCGAGGGCCAUUUCUGCCCACAGCUCAUUUAUUGUUGGCUCUUGGCAUAUUUGUAAAAAUAAAAUAUAUUCAUUAUAAAUGACCGAUGUUAUUAGAUAUUACACAAAUAUGCUUUGUCACCUAUAGUACAGAUGUGGAUGUUUUCUUCAAUUAGCUUAGCAAAUAUGGACUCAUAUCGGAUUGGUUUUAUUAUCUUUAAUACUUAAAAUGUAUCAAAGUGGCCCCGGCUUCCCUGACUAUGUCUGUGUGCGACUCUUGAUGGGAAAAGUUUGGACACCCCUACUGUAGUCUUUCUUUUUGAAUUCCUUCUGGCGACACAACACCUAAUAUUUGACUCGCACCUGGCACUGAGCUUGUACGUUUAUUGUGGUGGGACCGUCAUCGGGAAAAAGUCUGCAUACAUUUUAAUUGUUCUUUUCAUCCUUUGUGUGUUUCAUUGUGGAGAUUUGAUCUGAUUCUUCAAAGGUUAUCAUCUGCGUCUUUGCCACAAUCUCCAGAUCUCCCCCCCCUCCCCCCCAUGUGUGGUUUGUUAUUCAAUGUAAAUACCCCCCAAGACGACACCCCCCCCCACAACACGUGCGUCACUUUUUGUACUUUAUUGCCCCAGAGACCCUCUGUUCCAGGAAUUCACUUUCAUUCAUUAUUAAGGUCUAAUAUUUCACAUUUUAUCAUGUUAGAAUCAAGCCCCAUCUUUUCAGUAAAAGGAGAUUUUAGGAGGAAUCUUAAUAAUAUAUAUUUGUCAAUCUAUAUAACAUGUUUAAUGUUGGUUCCAUUACAUUUUCAUAUUUCAAAGUUCCUCUACGGUUUCAGAUUCAUGAUGUAUAUUUUUUUUAUACAUUGAGGGAAAAAAGCACUACACGUGAUUUACAGACAGGCAAGCAUGUUUGCUGUUCUACAGUAUGUUUAAUUUAUCCAGAUAGAAAUAUUAUUUGCAAAAAUCAUUAAAAGAAGUCAAUUCUUGUA